GGAAAAAGGAAAAAAGAAGGAAGAUUUCCUUCCAUGACCAUUAACGAGCGUCGAAAGGGUUUCUUGUUUCGACAGUCGCGGGAUGCUUAAAGAAGAAGAAGAAGAAGAAGAAGAAGAGGAAGAAGACGACUUCUGCAUCAAUGUCGGAUGACGCUAUCUCCACUUCCAGCAUCUCCACAUAAAAUCGCUAAAGCCAGCUUUUUCCCCUUGAAAUUCCAAAGAUACCGACUGAAGGAGAUUGCGUGAUGCAAAAGAGAAAGGUGCAAGAGCAUAUUGUAUCAGAAGGGAAAAAGAAAAAGAAGAAGCAGGUUACCACACCUCGACCUGCAUGCUCAUGGGUAUAUUUUAGCCGAGAGUUCAUUAGAGAGUAUAGUGCCUCCCAUCCAGAGUCUUCAGGGCUCAAAGCCGCCACAAAGGCUGCGUCAGAUGCAUGGAAAUUGAUGAGCUUUGAGGAAAAAGAAACAUACGCUAGACGUGCCCGUGAAGUGUGGGAUAAGUACUUGAGCACUGCUCCUGCCCGUGCCCCUAAGCGAAGGAAACAGACCAAGCUAGUCACAAGGUGCUCUCCUGGUCGCUUAUUCAAUGUGUUGCAGCGUCUUACCCCUGAUCAAAAGGUUGCAGUGAAGAGUAUGGGAUUUGGCAGCCUCCUUCGCCUUAGGUGCAGAACUCUCCGCCGCAGCUUGUGUCUUUGGUUGUUGGAGAGGUUUAACACAGCAAGGCGCAGCUUGGAGAUUUGUAGCGAGUGCAUUCCUUUAUCCCCUCAGGAUGUGGAGUUUGUCAUGGGACUAGCAGCUAGUGGGAAAGAUGUGGUGAAUUCAGGUCCGGAUGACCUAAUUUCUGAAUUGCGUCAAAGUUAUAAUGCUACAAAUCGUGGGAUUUCUGUGCGCCUUCUAGAGGAGCGGUUGGCAGCCACAGAAGCUGGAGAGGAUUUUAAGCGAUCAUUUAUCCUAUAUGCAUUGGGCACUCUUUUGUGCCCGACAGCAAGGCUGGAUGUUAGCCCUUCUUUCCUUCAUUUUUUAAUUAAUAUGGAUGCUGUCCAUCAGUACAAUUGGGGAAAAUUUGUGCUUGAUCGUUUAGUUCGGGAGGUAUCUCGCUUCCGUCAAGGGAAGCAACGUGCAGUUGGGGGCUGUCUUCUGUUUCUCCAGCUCUUUUACUAUGAGAGCAUCUCUAUUGAAGGAACUGGUGCUUUAGUCCCUGCUGUUUUUCCAUGCUUAUCCUCAUGGGGAGAGGAAGAGAUUAAUGAGAGAGAAAAACGAGAAAGAGAGCUUGGUGGUUAUGGGUUUGGAGAGGUGAUUUGCAAGGAUAGGUGCCUUGGGAUGGACGAAUCAGAUUUUAGAACCCAAGUGGAUGGCCCACCUGCAAGCAAAAUGGGUAUCAGGGCUGAGCAAGGUCGUCCUGACCUUGAGCAGGAUAGAAAUGGGGCUGAAAAUGAUGGAAUCCAAGGCAAAAUCUUUCUGGAGGAAAACAGGCUGAUUCCUAUUAACAAGAACAACGUGGUGUGUGGGCACAUUGAGGUGGUGAUUGAUUCAGUCAGAACAAUGUGCCCAAACAAAGAGUAUGGGUGUGAAGAAACAUUGGAUUGCAUGAAGAAAAAUGACCAUGAAGAGACAUGCAUCUAUGCACCAUGUGCAUGCCCGCUUCUGGACUGCAACUUUGUUGGAUCUUCGCAACAGUUGUCCCUUCACUUCAGCAGCAAGCACUGGGAUUCUGGAAGGCGUUUCCAGUACAACUGCCCGAUGGCUGUCUCCUUAGGUGCAAGUGAAACAUUCCUUGUUCUUCAGGCAGAGGAGGAUGGUCUCCUCUUUCUGCUCAACAGAGGGAUUGAAACUGUUGGGAACGUGAUUACAAUAACUCAUGUCAGGCCGAGCUCUUCAAAAGAAAGGUUCUUGUAUGAUCUUGUAUCAGGAAGAGGAAUCAGCUGUCUUAGAUUAAAAUCAUUGGCACAAAAUUUCCCAGGGCGGGUGGAAGGUUUUCCCCCUAUGGAUUUUCUUCUGAUUCCUUUUCAUUUCCUUAGUUCCUCUGGUCAGUUAGACUUCGAGAUUUGUAUAUGGAAUUCAGCAGAACUUGGGGCUGAUUGCGCUUGACUUGGUAUCUCUGCACACAUGCAUGCACAUGUAAAUCAUGAUUUUUUUUUUUUUUCCUGUGAUAGUUUGUCAGUCAUGUUCUUAGUUGGGUCUUAACACUUGGGAUGAUGGAAGAAAUCAGAAAGUAACAUGGGAUGGCUUUCCUAAUUCUAAGAACAAAAACUGUGGUAGUUGCUGAGUGACUGGUCAUCUGGGAUUUGCAGAAUGAGAAAUGAAUUGAAAUGGGUUUCAUGCUGCU